AUGUAUGGGAGGUGUGGGAGCCCAAGUUCUGCUCGUCAGGUGUUUGAUUCGAUCCGUCGAAAGAACUUGUUUUCCUGGGUUUUGAUGCUUAGUGCAUAUGCCCAGAACUGGCAUCUACAGGAAUGCGGGUUAUUAUUUGAUUCCAUGCCAGAGCAAAACCUCGUAUCUUGGACAAUCAUGCUAGUAGCACAUUCACAAUCCGGAAAUGUUGAUAAAUCUCGUGUAAUGUUUCUUGGCAUGCCCGAGCAUGAUCUUGUCGCCUGGAAUGCGAUGCUUGCAGUAUAUGCCCGUGAAGGGCAUAUCUACGAGGCAUCGAGAAUCUAUGACGGCAUGCAAGAACGCAAUGUUGUUUCCACAACCGCUUUGCUUUCAGCAUUUGUGUCAAAUGAACAAAUAAGGGAGGCGGAGGAGUAUUUCGAAAGCAGGAUGCCAGAAUGGAACUUGGUUUCGUGGAACUCCUUGCUGAGCGCGUAUGCCCAGGUUGGGUAUACACGCGAGGCUGAGGCUUUGUUUGCGGAAAUGCCCGAGGUCGACGUCGUUUCAUGGACGUGCAUGAUGGUGUUGUAUGCCCGGAACCAGCAGCUCGAGAAUUCAAUGAGGAUUUUUACAAUGAUUCCGGACAAAGAUAGUGCUUGCUGGAAUGCAUUUCUAUCUCAAGUGAGGUGUGAAGGAAAGUUGGAGUCAUUGACAGGAGGGAAUGUGGUCUCAUCAACGUGUUUGCUCUCUUCGUAUGCCCGGCACGGGUACCUUGAUCAAACGAAGAAUGUGUUUGAUUUCAUGCAGGAAAGAAACAUAGUUUCGUGGAAUGCCAUGCUAGCAAGCUACGCUAGAUCUGGUUCUUGCGAAAUGGAGAAAUUUUUCUAUCAAAUGCCGCAGAGAGACUUAGUGUCGUGGAACACUUUUCUAUCUGCAUAUACCGAGAAAGGGCAUGCUGAUAAAGGUACGAAACUCUUAGAAAGGCUUCCAACGAAAGACCUUGUGUCUUGGAACUCCUUGAUGAUCGCGUUCGCUCGAAAGGGACGAUGGCUGGAAACCAAAGAUCUCUUUCGGAAGAUGGUUUUCACUGAAAUGCCAAACGACAUAACUUUGGCUGGAAUCUUGCUUGUUGGCAACCACGCCGGGGCUUUUUCGUGGGUUUGCUCUUGUUUUGGAUCCAUGCGCACCGACUUUGGGAUUGAUGCGUCGAAGCAACACUUUGCCAGCGUUGUGGACACUCUCUCACGAGGCGGAUACGUAAAAGAGGCAUGGGAUCUUGUCGAUGACAUGCCGUUCUUGCCAGACGAGUUUGAUUGGGCAUCGCUUUCGCGUUGUCGGCAGAGCUUUUGA